UUCCGUCUCGUCCGCGCCGCGCCGCAACAGUCGUCAGCGCGGUCCUCGCGCGCAACAAAACUUUUUGACAAUGACCGCGCGUGUUUUGAACGAAAUUUUUUUCAAAAACUUCGUUUACGUGUGUUCCGUGUCGACUCCAGAGGACAAGAAAGGACCCAGGUUCACAAAACUGGACGUCUUCUUCACUUUCCUGUCGAUCAUAACGUUUUUCUCAGACAUCGCUACCGAUGUGAUCGUGGUCACUCAGUACGCCCUGUACCAGCUAUGGGUGUACGCCGGCAUGACCCUGUUUUUCGUGCUGAUGCCUUCGCUGGUGGUGAACGUCUGCAGCUUCAGGUGGCACAUUCACGACAAGCGUGUCUCGAAGGUUAUCUGGGUCGCCAGCGUGCUGCAGCUCGGCGUUCUGCACAGGUACUGGCUGUGUUUGCGUGCUGGGCUCAAGGCUGAGCGGACACGAGAUGUGGACGAUUUCCACGAGCUGUACCAGCACCAGAGUGACCUCUGCAUGCUCCGCCUGUUCGACUCAUUCCUGGAGUCGGCGCCUCAGCUGGUGCUGCAGCUCUACAUCAUGGUCAACCACGAGGACUGGAAUCCUUGGACUGGCAUCUCGGCACUGCUGUCUCUGCUGUCUCUUGGCUGGGGCAUUGCAGCCUACGGCAAGGCCAUGAGGCUGUACCGUGCUGAAAAACAGCAGCUCUCCUGGACCGGUCUGAUUCUGCAGACACUGUGGAGGUUCGGGACCAUGACCUCACGUGUGACCUCCAUGGUUCUGCUUGCAUGCGUCUGCGGCGCAUGGACUCUAGUCAUCAUUGGCACCCACUGGAUGCUCAUGACUGGCUGGCUGGUGUGGCAGAAAACCGACUUUUGCCCCUCACGCUGGGAAGAACUUGUGUACAAUGCUGUCGUGGGUGCCAUCUACACCUUCUGUUUCUUCAACGUGCGCGAGGGCCGCUCACGUGGCCGCGUUUUUGCAUUCUAUGCUCUCAUUGGCCUGCAGAAUGUCGCAUUCCUCACCGUCUACUGCGUCGCAAAGGGUGAUGCCGACGACCUGCGUGUCAUCACUUCAACGGCUGUAGUGCUGGGAAGCUUUGGCAUUGGCAUGUACUGCAUGGCGUUGUACUACCGGUUCUUUCACCCGAGUGGGCCUAUCUACCUUUGCACUGGUAAAAGUGCACAAGGAGGGAGUCUGGAAAUGCAGGAACACGGCCACACUCCUGGUGAUGCCUCUACGCCACCGAGCAAGUCAAAACCAUCGUCAGCUGCGGUCAGUGCGUCGCACUCAUUUCGAACCCUCAAGUAUGCGAACUGUGCUCACCAGACGGCGUCUACACCUCGUCAGCAGGAUUCCGAAAGGGCAUCAUCUCUUAGCGGUGACAGCACAAUUUCGCCAUGCAGUCAGGAUACGCCGAAAAGCAUGAGGCUCUUUGAUAAAGCAACACCUGAGGAGAGGCAAACAGGCAAAAUGGACGCCAGUGAUCUGUAUCACAACAGGACCGCCAUGAGUCUCUCAGGGGAUGCCACAAGUCCAGUGCCAUCUCGUCGGGUGAGGUUUGACUUCAAAGACUGCUCACUUGAUGAGAGCCAUCGAUGGCGAUCAGAGGACUGCAGCUUUGCGGACAUCAGGUCCGACUCGGACGAUGUUGAAACCCUCAGUAUCACAAAGGAUCGCUUAGCCAGCCAUCACCACGUCGUCAACUACAACUUUCGCCCAUUUGUGGGCGAAGGUGCUCACGGGCAUCCGUUCAGAAGGCACUGCUCUUGUCUCGUGCUCUUCGAGUGCCUGCCGGACCUCGGCUUUGAGUCGCUGCUUCUGUCGAUGGACAGCAAAGUAUCAGCAAAGAAAGCGUUGCUGAACGUAAUGUCGACGCCGAACGUGAGACUCCAGCAUUUGAACGAAGAAAGCUGCAGCGAUUCGGCAGCGUCUUGGUCAAUGCACAACUUUCUCGCAGCGGAUCAGAGUGUCGUGGGCUUCUCGGAGAGUGCAGCCAAUGGGUCGACCGAAGUUCUCGUAUGAAUUGCUCACUUUCAACCGAAAGCUCCAGCCGCUGUGUUGUACGUGGUCACUCUAAGCAAAACCAUCAGCUACAUUUGCACAGUUUUUACUCAUGACAAAAGUGUGUUAAGUGACCAACUCUCAAGUGCUAGAGGCUCUUCUUCACAAGUUACAAGUACGCCUCGCAAGCUUGACAGACGUCUCCACCUUUCACAACUGGUUCUUCCAACAAAAUUGAGAAUGCAUUUGCGCUAGCGUUCACUCGCUUAGCACUCAUGUACGUAGACACGUGAAUUGUGUCAGCUCUAAAUAAUGGUGACAGAUUUCAAACAUUACUUCUUGCUAACUACUCGUACUAACUUGUAACUGCAGCUAUGGCUGUCAGAAUUUUAAUUCUAACCUGCACGUACGAACCGUGCAAGCAGCCGCAAGAAGUGGUGCUAAGACUGUCCAUAAAGUACUCCUGUCGCCAUGUUUCAUAGGGAUUCUAUUUCAAUUCUCUCCUUUUCAUAAUCACAGCAGUAUUAGCAGUGAAGUUGAAUUCGAGCCGAUGAAAAGGGAGAAAAAUAUGAGGAAAAGAUGGGGAAAGCAAAGGAUUCCAGCAGAAUCUCGGACCUAUACGUUUAAAUUAAGAAUCGUAAGGACCCUUUGAGUGUACAGUAACAAGAGCUAGCAACACAUACUUAUCUUUGAUGCAUCAUCGGCAGUGCAGCUGUCACCGUCAUGCUUUGUUUCAUCAUGGUGAUUACUGAUUACUAAUAACAGUGAUAGCAGUUAUAGGUACUUUCCUGCUCACAUUCAUAUCAUCACCGAGUUGUAACUCUGGCAUUGUCAUUGCCUAGUUUUCUUCAUAAAGGGGAUAUACCAAGGCAUGUUAGGUUAUGCUGGAUGGUCAAAUUACUUUUCUGGAAUAUCAACUGUGUUAGUAUUACUGUGAGCAAAGCCUUGGUAUGCAAGAAAACACACAGAAAUGUAAUAAUGACUUUAAUUCUUUGUUUGUGAUUUGUUGGCUCCAGUCAAGCCACUUUCUCUAGCAGCUUUUAUCCACAGCCUUCACCAUCAGACAUGAAAAAAUGAAGUGUUAUUAUAAUUAUAUUACUAUCAAGGUGUUGAAUUCAACAUGAACUGAGCUGAACCAAAAAAAAAAAGAAUAGCGGUUACCAGUUUGGCACUAAGCGAUUCAAGAAAUAUGGUGCAAACUGGUGCUCAAUACAUAAGCAAUUCUUCAGAAUACUUACUUUUCAGUCAAUGCACCCCAUGCGAACAUUGUUACGACUCAUGAGUUGAGUUAUAUGCAAGUAUGGCGAUAUAUGAUAGGUACUUGCUUGUAACUACACGCCCAUCUUGGACCUGCUUGGAACUAGUUAAUGAUUGAUAGAUAAACAAGUAUUAUGUUGCUUUCGGAAGGAAUCAGUCAUUCAACUUGGCUUUGAGAACUUAUUCUAAACUAAAACGACCAAAACACCAAAGCGCACACUUUGAGAUUCAUAACGUCGUAGUAAUGUGCCAGUGCCAUGGGUAGGGUACAAAGUUCAGAAAGAAUAGCUUUGCCCUUCUUUUUUACUACAUCAAUAAGUUACUGCUUACCGCCAAAUAAAUGUGAAUCAAGGCUUAGAAAGACACUUUGUUCUACUUAACCAACUUAACGUUGCUCUCUAGUGUUUCUUCUGGGUAUCCCUUCUCAUUAGGUAAACAAUCUAACUAUAAAGCAAUGCUGUGCCCAGUCUGCACAUCAUUUCGCAUGUUGGCUUGAAAUCAUUAGAUCAUACUUCAUCUGUUGUGCACACUUUGUAUAUCCUAAAAGGCAACUAACCACUCACUGUUUUGCAAGCUGCCUGCAAGCUACAACAUAUUACAAGCCUCUUCCAUUUUUUCAGGAUUAGCUCGGCUUCCUUUCUUUGCAAGCUGUACUUCACGAUCAGGACACCAGUCCUGAAGCUGUAGACAAAGCCAAGGAACCAACACCAACCACAUAAAAUAAUAGGAGUUUAAAAGAAUAAAAGUAGUUUGAGAGAUCGGAAACAAGGCUCCCAUAUCAGAACCAAAAUGUCUCUUAUUCUUUUAAAAUAUUUUAUGUGGUCGGUGUCCAUGUUUUCACACAACCGUUCCAUGAUCAUCCCCGACCAGUUUUCAUAAAACUCCAGAUUUCGUAGAAAAUCCCAGCUCAUUGUCUAAAGGACCUUAGGCCAACUGCCAUUUACAACCUCUUUGACAAUUCCGAUAAUGUUCAGUUUCCCCUUGCUGGGAUUACUAUUGCCAAAUGCAACUUCUCAUGAUCGUGCAGCACUAUUCAUUAGGGGUGUGUGAAUAUUCGAAACUUUCGAAUAAUGAACCACAUACUCUCCUGUUUGAUUCUGUCUUCGAAUCGUAUAGUCACUAUUCAUAAGUGCAAAUAUUUUUUCAAAUAUUUCAAAACAUCAACUGCACCCAAAUUAAACAUGGAAUUGGAGCAAAAGUACGGUAAAUUUUCACUCCCUCGGGCAUAGCAUAGACAUGAAACAUGAGAAUUACUUUGCAGGCUGUACAGCGAUCAUUCACACUCUCUGCAGAGCCCUGUGCAUGCGAAGAAACUACUUGUUUGCUCCUGAUGCUCCAUUUGUGCUUUUAAUAAACAAUGCUUUCAUAACAUACUUUGUAAUGACAGAAACCUUCUAAUUUUAUAAAUACUGGGAUGUGAACAUCGUUUUAUAUUGAUUGUGAUAAUGACUGUUCAUUAUUCGAAAACAAUUGAAACAGUAUUCAAUUUGCUUAUGGCACUAUUCGAUUCGGACUCAGUUUGGUCUCACAAAUCACUAUUUGCACACCCCUACUAUGGCAGAAAAUAGAAGCUUGAAGAAAAGGCAACUGAAAUUCAGUAUGCUUUGGCAGUUGCUUCAGCUAUGAACUAGGUAGUUGAUACUACAAAACUUACUUCCUUGACUUGCCCUGCUCUCCAGUGCACACAACUUUGUGCAAUGCUCCUGCAAUUUUCAUGCAAAUUUCCCCCAUCGCAUGCAACAACACAAUGACAACGGCAACAUCACCACCCAUCACAGCAUAACUGAACGGACAGACAGACGUCCAUCCUAAAUAAUUUACUGCAAUAGCUUUUCAAUGGACCCGUUUUGUUUUCAUUUCUCGGGAGACUUGCAUGACACGGCGUCGCCACACAAAGUGAUCGCAUGGGAGCAUAACAUCAGAAUCAUUUAGCAUCCAUUUCAGCUCACUCAGUCAUCUACUAUUCUGCUACUCGCUGCAUGGCCAAUGUACAAAGAUAACACUUGUUACCUUUGUAAUAAAUGCUACUUUCGACUGAAGGCAGUUUUGGGCAGAGAGAGAACAAUACAUGUAUUCAAAUGAUCACUAAAAGCUAAUUCGGGAAAGUGGGUAAAAGGAAGGGAGAUUGAGCUAAGUAUGGCUCACCAUGGAAGACACAUGCUAAGCUAUAUUAAAAGGUAAUACAUGUCUCUAUCAUAAGCCCAUGGCCAGACCCAGUGCUCAAAUGACAUCACUAUGUUAAUUAGGCUGGUAGUUGUCCUAGAAAGUAUUCAGUCUUUUGCAUUUCCACAUUAUGUGAUGCACAUUUGUGGUCGCUUCCCUCCCAUAUGCAUAGCAUAUUCCUUGUGGAGGUGAUUGCAUGCACACAGGGUCAUUAGCUCGACAUGAACAUCUUUAUUAGGCAAUGACGUCUAUCAUGGCACAUUCUGCUUUGGACUUGGUUAAAGCAAGUUGUGCCUCUCAGGUUAGCCUUCUGGGAAGAGGGUUUGAGGAGCUGGGAGCUUGGAAAUGUCAACACCCACUACAAAUAAUGGUAAGAGUGCACUCGGUAUUAAACUUCAUUUGGUCAUUGACUUGGCCACACAAUUCUUCCCAAUACACGCCCCCAUCCACUGCAAUGCAGAAAAAUGAGAAAUCUGCUGUUAGAGUAACUGCUUCACAUGUGGUGCUCAGUUGAAUACAUGACUUGCAGAAAGGAUUAUGUUAGGCUAUUACGCAUGUGUGACGCAGAUCUUAUCUAGAAGAGCAAGGAGUCUUGUUAUCAUUGCCUUGUUGCCCUUGUGUACAAAGGUAGAUAUGUGAAACAGGAAUGGAACAAUACCAAAUAAAAGAGCAAGAUCACAAGAGUUUGAGCUAGGAGACUUAGCGUGCUUGACUAGAAGUUCGACAUUCGUCAUACCUUUCUUCUUGGUGAAAAUUGAACUAUGGUCACAGAAACUUCAGUAAAUUUCUUGCAUUUCUUUAGCAUUUAUGUAUAAACUGACCUGUUCUUGUUUCAUUCGUCCAUAGUAGUGCACUUUUUACUCAACUAUUUAUAAUAUAUAUGCUGUGUUAAAAUCUUGGCUGCCGGGUGUACGGCUCUGUUUUACCAAUGUCUUAUAGCAAGCAUCUGUAAAUAGCUGUAUAUAUUCAUAGAUUAGACAUGCUUCAGCAGUGCGUUUAACAGCAGGCUUUAAGCUUUCCUAAGCGCAAUUCAUAUUGUUCUGCCUGCAUUGACAACUGCCACCUUGUUGUUUUAUUGUACAAACUACAGUACUGCUGUUUUAUAUACUUUUUUGUGGUAUGUAUAUUGUAUGACAAUAAACAUCCUAUUAUUCAUAGA